UUUGGUGGUCACGGAGUUUUAUCGUGGAUGUUUUCUCCAUUUUGUAAAAAUACGUAAAAUUAUGCGCGUGCGUGAUUUAGCACAUCACACAACUUGGCAUUGAACGCCUAGCAAGUCGGCCGCAUCUGGUGUGCUACAUCGUAGCAAAGCUGGCUCAGCUUUCCCCACAACGAUGGCCAUUUGUGUGGAGGAGGUGUCCGCGUCCCUCGUGCGGGAAUAUCUGAGCAGAAAGGGACUCAAGAGGACGAUUGCCUGCAUGGAUGACGAACGUCCACGCACACAGUCCAGCAUCAACAACAGAUCCCACUUGAGACAAGUCCUGCACAUUGAGGAUCUGUACAGGGCAAAUAAGGUUCAUAAUUCACCUCUGAGGACUUUACUGGAGAUCAUUGUCAAGUAUCACAUUGAAGGUCACAAAGAUGACAACAUGGCCUGUAAAAGUGAUGAAAAUGAUUCUCUGCAGUCUGCUUUUGUAAUCAGCUCACUCCGUCUUUCUCCUGCAAAAACGCCAUCGGAAAUCAACGCAAGUAACUCAGGACACAGCACAGCGUCCUUUGUUUCUGAUGACCGCCUCAAAUUAAGAUCACAGGGCAAGGAAUUGUCCACCUCUCAAAUGGCAGUAUUGUCACUUGAUGGAGAGAGUGUCAUGGACCACAGUGAAACAAGGUCGUGGUUAUAUACAUCAGUGGAUGAAAACAGCCACUCUAAGAUGACGUCUAUGCAUGAUAACGGUUGCCUUGCUGUAAGUGAACCUGAAAAAAAGCUUCCUGUCAAUGAACUAAUUCAAAGAAGACAACCAAAUCGGGUUAGACGUGGCAUGAUGGCUGGACCGAUAGCAAGCACCCUUCAGGAGUCAACCAAACAAAGGCAGAGUCGAAAAGUGGGCACGCCUCAGAUGCUAUUCAGGAAAGAAGAAGAGGAGCAUAGGCAGUCUCGGGAUGAACUGUCAGGGAACAGUUUACAACAAAAAGUCUUAGAAAAAUCCCCAAGCAGUGCUAUAGAGAAAUUGAAGAACUUGGAGAAAGAGGGACAAGGCAGAAAUGACAGAAAAAUAAUUAAGUCCAAGAUGCAGCCAAAUAUGAUAUUGUCUGAGAUGGUGUUAGAUGACAUUGACGAUGAGCUGCCAGAAAUCUCGAAAAUGUCCUUCGAGAACACCGCAACUGCAGGGAGCAGCCACACAGCCCGCCCAAUGGACCAACACACCGCCCGCCCAAUGGACCAACACACCGCCUCGGAAUUGAAAUUAGUUCUCCUUGGGUCAAGUCUCAAAUGUUUCACUGCUGAAUGGAGAAAGCAGGGUUUCACAUUCUCCGAAACGCAUGACCUGAGAUACGGAAUGGUGCAGAAAAAGGCUGGGCCUUGUGGAGUUCUAGCUUCCAUCCAAGCUUUCGUUUUAAAGAAACUUCUGUUUGAAAACAAAAACAGUAGUAAUGCAAGACUUCAGCGUUUAAGACCAACAAAUGCAACCAGAAGAAAAUGUCUGGUCUUAGCUGUGGCCGAAGUACUGUGGAGGGCUGGUGAGGAAAAACAAGCCACUGUAGCAAUAAAUACGGGACGUACACUUUUCACUUCAAGCAGACACUACAAAUCCGAAGGAGUCCUUGAAAAGAUAAGCUGUUUUACAGUGGACAGUAUCAAAGACCUGCAAUUGCUACUGGAGCAACACAUUGAGCAGUUUGAGACAGGGGAGCUGGGAUGCCUGUUGCUGACCAUAUCUGCCGUCUUGUCUCGUUCAAUUGAUAAAAUGAGAAAGGAUAUGGAUGUGGCUGCCACUGCACUCAUUGGAGCUCAUGGCUACUGUACUCAGGAGCUUGUCAACCUGUUGCUGGUGGGACGGGCAGUUUCUAACGUCUUUGAUGGCGACGUGGAGCUGGACUCUGGCAGCGGCAAAUCUACACUGCUUAAGGGAAUCAAAGCUCAUUGUAACAUUGGCCUUCUGUCUCUGUUCGAACAUUAUAACGUCUUUAAGGUUGGAGACUAUCUCAAGAACCCCCUUUUCCCUAUCUGGGUUGUGUGCAGUGAAAGCCACUUCAGUGUGCUGUUUGGCCUCCAGGGAGAGCUGUUAAGAAAUCCGGACAAGGGUCUGGAGUUUGACCUCUACUACUAUGACGGACUGGCCAAUCAGCAGGAAGAGAUCCGCCUCACUGUCUCUCUCGGCAAAUCAACCGUCAGUUGUCAAAAUGUGAACGCUGAUUUAAUUCCUCCUCUGGAGCUCUGUAUUCGAACAAGGUGGAAAGAUGCAUUUGUGAGUUGGAAUGACACAGAGCCUAUUCUCUGAAUGCCUGGUUGUUUUUACAUAAUUGUUAUAAAAUGAACAGAUAUCAAUAAUUUUUUUGUCUUAUUUUGUCCUGCAAGCAUGCAUUAUUAGUGAGACUUAGUGGGGCCUGUAGUUUUCCCUUUGCUCAAUGCCAUGGUUAUAAUUCAUCAUAUGAUGAAUACCAUCCAUCCAUCCAUUUAGAACACCGCUUAUCCUGAUUAGGGUCGCAGGUCGCUGGAGCCUAUCCCAGGUGAUUUUGGGCGAAGGCCGAACUACACCCUGAACUGGUCGCCAGUCAGUCACAGGACACGUAGACACGGACAACCAUUCACACGCACAUUCACACCGUCGCUGAGUGGGAACUGAACCCACACUGCGCGCACCAAAAUCAGGCGAGUGUACCGCUACACCAUCAGUGACUAUGAUGAAAACAUAACUCAUAAAUACUUGGAUGGCAUGGUUAAUGAGAAGACCCCAAACAAAACAAAACCAAAAAAAAACUAAAGAUCUUUUUCAAGUGUAUUAGCAUAUAUCAAGCGUAUUAUUAUUAACCUGUUGCAUCAGAAGGAGCCUUAUAUCAAGUAUUUAAAUAUUAAAUAUAUACUCUGAUACAAAUCUACUUUAAUCUGAUACAAAUGUAUUUAUAUUUUCAAUUUAUAUGACGUCUGUUAGCAGCUUUUAAAUGUUUUAUUGACCUCAGAGGCCUUUUAACUGGUUGUUAUUCUGCCCAGAUAGUUGUUUAUAUUUUACUGUAAAAUAACUGAGAUGAAAAAAUUGUGAUAAUAUUGUCACAUGUUCUCUUAAUGUACACAAAACUGACUGACUAUACUGGAUGUAUUGACUAAGAGUGAGAGCGAGAGAUGAUAUAACUUUUAAAAGUGUUCCAGUGUGAUGAUGUUCUCACUUCAUUUUCACUUCAUUCAUCUGGAACGCAUACUGUAAUUAAAUGAUUUAAUUACAUAAUUCUGUUUGUGCAUCUCCAUCAAUGCGCUGUCUCCGAAAAUAAUCAUCCAUCCAUCCAUCCAUUUUCCGUACUGCUUA